AUGGCGUUCGAGUGGACACCCGCAUGUGAGGAAGCCUUUCAGCACUUCAAGGAAAUCCUAGCGGCACCACCUGUACUCGGGAAGCCAAAGGACGGGGAGCCUCUAUACCUGUACCUCGCCAUAACAGGAGAAGCCCUGGCCGCAGUUCUGGUGCGGGAAGAAGGGAGGGCUCAACAGCCGGUCUACUUCAUAAGCAGAGCCCUGCAAGGGGCAGAAUUAAGAUACAGCAAACUAGAAAAGCUAGUUCUGGCGCUCUUGACCUCCUCACGAAGGUUAAAGCAAUACUUCCAAAGUCACCAGGUUGUCGUAAGAACGGACCAAGGGAUCCGGCAAGUACUUCAAAAACCCGACUUAGCGGGGAGAAUGAUGACUUGGUCCAUCGAACUCUCCCAAUACGACAUACGGUAUGAACCCCGGCAAGCCAUCAAGGCCCAGGCGAUGGCAGAUUUUCUGGUAGAAGUAACUGGGGACCCAACCGAAGAAGCGAGCACACGGUGGAAGCUCCACGUGGACGGAGCUUCCAACCAGACGUCUGGAGGUGCCGGGAUCAUCCUGGAAAGCCCGGUUGGAGUCGUGUACGAGCAGUCGAUCAGGUUCGAGUUCCCCGUUUCGAACAAUCAGGCGGAAUACGAAGCCCUUAUAGGGGGCUUGACCCUAGCAGCGGAAGUCGGGGCAACAAGGCUGGAAAUAUGCAGCGAUUCUCAGGUCGUCACCUCCCAGGUAAACGGGAGCUACCAAGCUAAAGACUCGUUAUUACAAAAAUACUUGGAAAAAGUCAAAAGCUUAAGCCAAAAAUUUGAGGAGGUCACGGUCCACCACGUGCCUAGAGAAAGGAACACACGUGCAGACCUCCUAUCAAAGUUGGCCAGCACUAAACCGGGAGAAGGCAACCGGUCUCUCAUCCAAGGUAUGACGAGAGAGCCGGUAGUCACCUUGCACGUGACAAGACUGGGCCCUUCAUGGCUAGACCCCAUCACUAGCUUCCUGGAAAAUGGCAAACUCCCUGACGACGAAAAGGACGCUGCGAAACUGAGAAGGGAAGCAGCCAAAUACGCCGUCAUCCAAGGACAGCUAUUCAAGAAAGGGUUCAACCAGCCCCUAUUGAAGUGCUUACACCCCGACCAAACGGACUACGUCCUCAGGGAAGUCCAUGAAGGCUGCUGCGGACACCACAUAGGAGGCAAGGCCCUAGCAAGAAAAUUAAUUCGAGCUGGAUAUUAUUGGCCGUCCAUGAUGGCAGACUCCAAAGAGUUCGUCAAAAAAUACGUGAAGUGCCAAGAGAAUGCCAAUUUCCACAGGGCACCGGCCUCCGAGUUAAGCUUGUUAACGUCCUCCUGGCCAUUCUCUCAAUGGGGAGUCGACCUCUUGGGACAUUCCCUGUCGGUCCUGGGCAGGAAAUUCUUGUGGAGGCAAGUGAUAACGCGAUUCGGGGUCCCGGAGGUCGUCAUCUCAGACAACGGCACGCAAUUUACCGACAAGAAGUUCACAGAAUUCUUCACCGGCCUGGGUAUAAAACAGAGGUUCUCCUCGGUAGAACACCCCCAGACGAAUGGACAGGUGGAGUCCGCGAACAAGAUCAUCCUUUUGGGGCUGAAGAAGCGAUUGGAUAAUAAAAAGGGUGCCUGGGCCGACGAACUAGCCUCGGUACUCUGGUCUUACCGAACAACCGAACAAUCUUCCACUAAGGAGACUCCUUUCCGACUAACAUACGGGUCAGAUGCGGUAAUACCCGUAGAGAUCGGGAAACCAAGCCCCCGACUACUUUUGAAAGGAGUAGAGGAAGCCGUGGAAAAGGACUUGAUAGACGAAGUCAGAGAAAUGACCCAUUUGACAGAGACAGCGCUAAAGCAAAGAAUGGCCCUACGCUACAACACGAAAGUGCUCAAAAGGGAAUUCGAGCCAAACGAUCUCGUCCUGAGGCGAAACGACAUCGGCCCGCCGACCCCUGGAGCAGGCAAGCUGGCGGCAAACUGGGAAGGCCCCUAUAGAAUCAAAGAAGCAGUGGGUAAAGGCGCCUUCAAGUUAGAAAGGCUAAAUGAUAACACGCUCUAUCACAACCCGACAACGAUGCGCGGCCCCGGGACUGAUCACCCCGGGAGCCCGUCAAAUACCGUCAUAACGAAUGACUACGCAAAAGGCCACGGCUCGUUAAUAUAA